AUGUUGUUUGUAAUUUGUCAUUUGUCUUUUUAUGUAAAAUUAAAAUCAAGUCAAAAUCCACCAUUUGAUUCUUUAACCCCAAUUUUUUAUCGAAAAAUUUCAUCAUUUUACCAUAAAGAGUUAAUGAAUAAAAAAAUGCGUUUUUAUUUUAUAUUAAAAUUUAAUUGUGAAGAAUGUGUCGCUGUAGCAUUCGAUACAGUUAAAAAAAUAGCAAAUUAUGAUUUGUUUAAUAUGCGUCGCUGUAUACCUGUUUUGUUUUUGCCGAAAAAAUAUUUUUUUAACCCAUAA